ACCAUUUGAAGAAGAAGCAGUGAAGUUUAGUGUAUUGUUUACAUUUAUAAAAUAUCAAAAAAAAAUAACGCGAGUUCAAUAAGUUGGAAUGAAAUAAUAGUUUCAACAUAAUUAUUGGCAUGCAAUAAGUAUAAAAUACAAUACAAAUAUGCUACUUGAUGAGAAGGUACAAAAGUACAAACUACUUGCUGAGAAAAUCUAUGAACGUUGCCAGGAACUGCAAAUAGAGAAUGAACGUUCUGUGCUGCGCAUAAACACAGUUAAAAAGCUUUUGCGUAGACGUACACGCGAUGUGGAGCUAUUGAAGCGUCGACUUGAUAAACAUAAUGAUAUUUGGCGACAAUUGCCGAUGGUGGCACCGCAUCCAAAACGUAAAAUUGAACAGAAACGUGGACCCAAGCCCAAGCCAAAGAAUCCCACCGAAGAACCAACAGAGGGAAAAGUCAAGAAGGUGCGCAAACAACGCAUGAAAAAGAACCCAGCAUCACAACCCAACAAUAUUGAGGGAAGUACUAUACAACAAUUACCACAUUUCAAUGAACAACAGCAGCAACAAUUAUUGCUGCAACAACAAUUUGUACAAUACAAACAAGAUAUUUGAAUAGAGAUUCAUGUAUUUAAUAGCAUAUAAAUUAUGAUUUUUCCGAACGUUCGUGUGUAACAUGCAUAUAUCCAUUGACAAAAGCACAUAACAGUUACAUGUGCCCUUUUUAGAGCUGGUGAUAAUACAAUUAGCAAUUUUAAAUCAUUUAAAAAUGUUCGCUUUUUAUUAAUA